GCGCAUGGUUCGACGGGGGGUCGAACGGCGAGCUGCUGGGCGCCGUGGGGCUGGCCGCAGGGGAUCACCUGGAGGUGAGGGUCCGCGACUACGAAGGCCGCGCCCAGGGCCGCGAGCUGCUGCGCGUGGAGAUCGCCCACGCGCUGGGCGAGACCGACGCGGAGGCGGUGUCGGCGGGCGGCCGCUACCUGCGGGCGCAGCACGUGGGGGCCACCGACGGGUACUUCAGCUGGCAUGCCCAGGCCGGGGGCAAGCCUGGCGGGAGGCCCCUGGGUACGUUGUACCACCUGUGCGGCUGCCCGCAGGAGGAGUGCACGGCAGGCUGCCCGAUCGGCGCUGGAGGAGUCGAGCAUGUCGACAUCUGGCGGCUGGUCGACCCCCGCGACUUGGAGACGCUGGAGGCGGAGUACCACCUAGCCCCGCGGGCUGCUGGAGGGCUGCGCGUCGAGCCCGCUGGCUGCCCGACGCCUGGGGCGUUCCAGGCUGGCUCAGGCGACGAGGGCGCCGCCCGGCAUGCCGGGCUGCCGCCUGCGCCGCUGCCGCCACUGCCGGGGCCCCCGCCCCCGGGGACGGAGGGGGCCGAUGGCGGCGAGGGCGAGCCAGUGGCCAAGCGGGCCCGCAAGGAGGAGCUGAGUGCCGCUCUCGGUGGUGCAGCGCCGCUCGGCGGGAGCCCGCUCGACGCGGAGGUCGCAGGGCUCGAGCGGGCGCUCGAGGGCCCAGCCCUGGACGGGCGCCUGGCCCAGCUCGGCCAGCGGCUGCGAGGAGGCACGGGUGGCGGCUUUGGAUCCCGAGCGGUCGCCAAGAAUGCUGCCGUGCCUGGCGCUGCUCGAGCGCUGGCGCAGCGCGUGCAGGACCACGCAGCUGCGGGGAGUGGUGCUCGAGUCUCGGCAGCGCCUGCUGGACGCGAGAGGCUGGCCGCGACGCUCGCGGCGGCGUUGCUUGGCGGCGAGGAUGGCAGCGAGCUCAACGACGAGGGCUCUGGCGCGCUGGAUCGCGACACCUGCCAGGGUGUCAACGUCAGGCGCGAUCUGUUCCAGAGGAUGGCGAAGCAGCGGCCGGGGGUCCUCCUGGAGAAUGGGCUGGCGCACCUCAGGAGCCAGUUCACUCAGCUGCUCGCAGACCCGUGCCAGGCGGACCCCUUCGUCCCGUGCGUGACGCAGUGCCUCAACACGGUGUUCUUCGUGGCGCACCCGCCGCGGACGCUCGACGCGGACGAGGUGCGAGUGCUGCGCACGCUGGGCGAGGCGGUCGACGGCUUGCUCCGCGGGCAGGUCGUCGAGGUCAGCGAUUUGCUCAUGCAGGAGUUCAAGGCCAGGACGAUGGCGCUUCGGGAUGGCCAUUGGCGCAGUGCCAGGUGGCCCACGCUGAUCCCCAGCGAGAGUCUGCCCGCUGGCGCGUCCCGCGACGAGGAGGCUGCAGCCGAGCGGGUGGAG